AUGGAGCAGGACCAGUAUGAAGCUCGCCUCAAGGAACUCUUUGACAGUUUUGACACCACUGGAACAGGGUCUCUGGGACAGGAAGAGCUGACAGACCUCUGUCAUAUGCUCCAACUGGAGGAAGUGACCCCCUCUCUGCAGCAAGCUCUACUCCAGGAUAACCCGCAUGGCAGAGUUCACUUUGACCAGUUUAAAGAAGCCCUUAUAGAUGUCCUUUCAAGCACACUGUCCAAUAAAGAGAACUGCCCAGAACCAGAUUGCUCCUUGGAAGCCCAGCCAAAGUACAUCAAGGAUGGCAAGAGGUACGGCAGACGGUCUAUGCCCGAGCUGCAGGACUCCCUGGAAGAGUUUGAUGAGGAGACGGUAAUAGAACCCGAAGACGAAGGGACGAGGUCCUCGCAGGUCAGCUCCAGAAACUGUGAAGAGCUUUGGAAGAACGAAGGAGAAGAAUAUGAAGCAGAAGGCCAGUUACGGUUUUGGAACCCAGAUGACCUCAAUGCUUCCCAGACCACACUGUCUCCUGACCAGGACUGGGUGGAAGAGAAGCUUCAGUUGAUCUGUGAGGAUCUAGGCAUUACUAGAGAUGGGCACCUGCACAGGAAGAAGCUUCUGUCUAUCUGUGAACAGUAUGGAUUUCAAAAUCUGGACAAAGAGGCCCUGGAAGAUGCAUUGCAGAAUGUUGACCAUGAUGAAACCAUGAGCCUUCAGGAUUUUUUCUAUGAAGUGUGUAAGAAUACCAAACCACCAACUCCGUCUUCCUCCACUCCUUAUCGACAGUUGAAGAGGCACUUAUCCCUACAGCCAUAUGAUGAAAGUGGAAGGCGGACACUUACCCCUUCUGCCAUGUCUGGGACAAUUGGCCUUCGACUAUUCUCCAAGUUUGAUGAUGGUACGGGUUAUGGCUGCGUGGAAGACAUCAUAGACAUGUGGCAUGAAGAAGGACUUGACAACAGCCAGGCCAUCCUUAAGGCUCUGGAUUUCAGUUUAGAAGGUAAAAUCAAUCUUGCAGAGCUGACCAUGACACUGGAAAAUGAGCUUCUGAUAACCAAAAAUGAGAUCUACCAAGCAGCCCUCGUCAGCUUCCGCUCAGAGAUCAGAAACUUACUGGAGAGGGUUGAUCAGACUGCCAGAGAGAAAGAAAAGCUCCGCCUGGAUUUGGAGAAGAAUGAGAAACAGAAGAAUCUCAUGGCUUUGGAAGUGGAUGACCAUCAUGCAGCUAUUGAGCGACGGAAUGAACACAACCUUAUAAAACUGGAUGAGGAGUACAAGGAGAGAACAGCUGCUCUAAAAAGUGAGCUGAGGAAGGAGAGAGAGCAGAUUUUUCAGCAAGCAAAUCGGCAGCGGUUAGACCUAGAACAGGAAUUGGAGAAGGUCAAAGUGGAAGAGAAUUACCUGCGAGACCGGCUGACCUUGUCUAUAAAGGAAAACACCCGUAUGGAGAAUGAGUUACUUGAGACCACAGAGAAGCUGGUGGAGUGUGAAGCCCUGACAGCCAAGCUGCAGAGGAGUCUGGACAACAUACUGAGAGAAAAGUUUGGAGACUUGGACCCGAGCUACGUUGAGUUUUUCCGCCAUGAGGAAAAGUUGUUGCAGUUGCGCAAUGAGUACGAGAGGCAGCGCAGGGAGCUGCAGGAUCGUAUUGAUGAGCUGCAGCUGGAACUGGAAGAAUACCGUUCGCAAGGUGUCCGCGGUUUUCGGUCCUCCCUGAAGAAUUCCUUAUUUGAUGAAAUGGAUAACAAAAACUCGGUUGAAUGUGACCAAGGUAUUGGUUCUGAAGACUGCCCUCCUUUAAACAUGAGUAUAGAGGCAGAAAUGGCCAUUGAGCAUAUGCGGGAGCAACACCAGAGGGAAGUCGAGAAAUUGACACUGGAACUGGAAAACAAAACCAUGCACUAUGAGGAAAAACUCAAAGAAAUAAACCUUUCAUUUGAGAGAGAGCAGGAAGCCCUAAAGGUGAAACUGGACAAUGAGGUUCACAAAGCUGAGGAGCAAAUCAAGAUCUUCAAAAUGAAGCACUUAGAGCUGGAAGCGGUCAUUCAGAGACUUAAAGAAGAGCAAAAGGAGGCAGAAUUUAUGCACCAGGAUCAGGUUAGCAGAAUGGAGGAGGAGUGUAACUUCCAAAAGCAGCACUUGAUGGAGAAAGAAGAAACCUUUCAUCGGCAAUUAGAAGACGCCCGACAGGUGUAUCAUAAGGAGAAGGAGGAGCUGGCCCAGAGAGCAGAGGACAGUGAAAAGAGGGCAGAAGCUCAGCUGGCCGAGUUGAUGACAACCUAUGAAGACAAGAGAGAUCAAUUGGAGCAAAGUUUUCAGGAGGAAAUGUCAAGUUUUCAGGAAAGCCAUCAGCUGGAAACACAGGAACUAAGAAGGCAGCUGUUGGAGCAACACCAGCAAGAAGCUGAGGUGCAAAGAGCUGAGAAUAUAACUUUAAAGGAAGAAAAUGUAGAACUUAAUGGACAAGUUUCAGCUCUAAAAGAGGAAGAAGAAAGCUCUAACCAAAAAAUGUCUGAACUUCUCAAUGCUUGCGAGGAGAUGUGGGUGAAUCUAGAGACCAUUCAGAAUGAAAAAUUUACACUGGAAAAGAUGGUAACCGAAUUAACAUCCAGGAAUGAACAGCUGGUUUCAGAAAACGAGGAACUGUUCUUGAAGAACUCAAAGAAUCAAGAGAACCUCCAAGAUCUGAACUGCAGGCUCAUGAUGUUUCUCAAGCAGAAAGAUCGCAAGGAUUCUGCUAAAGGCCUGGAAGAGUGGCAAAGGGAAAAGUGUCAAAUGAAAGAGGAGAUUGAAAGCUACAGGGCAAAGAUUUUGAAUUCUGAGCAAGAGUUGUCACAGAUCAAAGUACGCCAUCGUUUCUUGGAGCAGGAGAACACUCUUCUGAGGCAAGAGAUAGAGACAAAGGAGCUUGCAAAAUGCUCUGAGAUCACAGACUUGAAGAAUGAAAUUUCACUCAUGAAGAAUAAAAAUGACAAGCUGUUGAAAGAGGUGGAAACACUGGGGGAGGAGCUUGGUAGUUGCGUGGCAAAGUCUGCCAAGGUUGGCUACCUCGAAAAUAAGAUUGCAAACCUAAAACAAGAACAGAAAACUUGGGAACAGCAGUCAAACACCCUAAGAUCGCAACUUACAACAUCUCAGGAAAAGAUCCAGAACCUGGAAGAGAGUUUGCAGAAUGUCAAUCUUCAGAUGUCUCGCAUCAAGUCUGAUCUUCGUGUUGCGCAGCAAGAAAAAGAAUCUCUAAAACAGGAAGUGAUGUCAUUGCACAAACAGCUACAAAAUGCUAAUGCAAAGAAACAGGUCUUGGAAAUGGCCAUACAAUCCUCAGGGCUACAGAACCAGCAGAAAAAGCAGUACUGGGACGACUUGGAGCAACUGAUGGAACAGGAACAGCAGCUUUUGAGACAGGAGAAUGAACGACUGCAGAGGGAAGUGCACAAUACCAAGUCUGACCUGGCACAAACCAGAGAGAAGGUGCGGCAGCUUGAAUCUACUGUAAUCUCUCUGAAACACCAAAAACAGGGGAACCAGUCAAGCCUGGUGAAAGCCUUAGAACAGGAGAAGUCCAGCUUGAGAAGAGAGUGUGACCAGCUACAGCUAGAGCUAACCUCUGCAAACAGGAAGAUUAGUCAGCUGAGCACACUCGAAAGAGAAAUGGAAACUUUGAAAAUGGAGAAUGAAGGUUUACGGAAAAAUCAGGGGAAAUUUGAUGAUCAUCUCGUGCAAAUGCUGCACUCACCGACCAGCCUGAGCCAUAGCCACUCUCAGCUCCAGCAGCAAGCUUGUGCCACCGUGCCGCGAGAUCAGUACUUGCAGCUCCAGCAACAAUUUCAGCAGGCAGAGCGGAGUAACCAGCAGCUGCGGGCGGCUCUGGAUAACCGCAGCGCCGAUGGCAACUCUCCACAGGAUGACCAGGAGAAGCUGCUGCAGAAAAUGGAAACUCGCAUGAGCGAUGUAGAGCAGAAACUCAGAAUUGUAAAGAUGCUUCUUCAGGAAAAAGUCAAUCAGCUAAAGGAACAGGUCACCAGGAACUCCAUGGCAGAAACCAAGAUUAAAGAUUUGUAUGUUGAAAAUUCACAGCUGAUCAAAGCUUUGGAGCUGAGUGAGCAAAGACAGCAAACAGCAGAGAAAAAGAACUAUUUACUGGAAGAGAAAAUCUCUGGACUGAGCAAGAUAGUGAGGGACCUGACCCCAAACAGCCCAGGGGCCGGACACUCCCACCAGCGAAGGGCGUAG